CUAAUUUCAAAGUGUAAAAUACAUACAUUUCAGCAGAAUUUAGUGUUAAAGUGGAAGAAUGUAGGAAGAGUAAAAGUGGCACUAUUUUAGUAUCAAGCGUAAGACAAUUUGAUGUGAUCAUCAAACGAAGUGACUAAGCUACACGCGCUUAAAGCAUAUUUCAAAGAUUAUUGAACUGCACAAUAAAAUAGAAUUUAUUAAUUACUAAUUUCAGUACAGAAAAAUGGCGACCAAUGGUCAUUUCAAAUCCAUCAUCACGAUUACGAGUCGCACGUUCAAUGCCACAUUGGGUGCUGGCGCAACAACAAAAAGAUGAAGAAAAAGCAAAGAAUGAACCACCUCCGAUUCCCAAAAUUCCUCCACCUUCAUUGACAGGAGACUGUGGCGAUCCUGAUUAUGAGGUUAUCGAAUUUCCACCAAGACCACCAAAUAACAAAAUGAUACCAUCCAAAAAUACACCAUCAAAUACACAGAUUAUGAGAAAUAGUAAUAAUAAUAUUAACAACAACAACAACAACAAUAACAAUAUCUCGAAAAGUAUUAUCUUUGGAAAAUGUGCCCUAUGUGGUACACCGAAAGUCACAAUAAGAUGUGACUUAUGUAGAGAAAAUUAUUGCGACGUAUGUGAUGAGAUGAAUCAUAAGCAUCCGAAGAGAAAAAAUCAUAAUAGACGAAGACUUGAAAUGGAUGGAGCGGGUCGAGUGAAACCACCACUUCCGCCAAAGGGAGAAAAUUCAAUGAAUCCACCACCUGUUCCGCCACCACGACGAAAUCGUAGAAACACACAGGUAAAAACAAUAAUAAAUCAAGGGGCUGCAAAUUUUCCCCUCUCGAUUGAUAAAGCAGCAAGUUUAAAACGAAACUCGAUCAAUGCAACGAGACCACUGCCAUCGAUUCCAGAUUGUCAGUCAUCGAAAAGUCCACUUUUGACGCAAACAUUAAAUAUGACUUCAUCUGGAACUGAUAAAAUGUCAACCCUUCAGGAAAGGUAUAGAAGAUAUCAGGAGGCAAUGCGAGCCCAGGACACAAAUAGACGAAGACCAACUCAUUCGGAUUCAUCGAGAGAUACCAUGAGUCCAAAACCAAUGAGUGUUGGCAGCCCUAGACACAGUUUAACAUCAUCUCCAUCAUUACCAGUCAGAAAUAUCAUACAAUCGUCCAGUGUUUGUGAUCUAUCGGCCCCCAAUAUGUGGAACUCGGAAAUGCAUCAAGCCCAAUCUUUAGCACACUUGGCAUCGCCGAUGAUUUGGUAUCCAACCGGAAAUCCCUGGGAGCCAGCAUUGAGUGGCUCGACAAUGAGUCUAAAUCACAUGCCCAUGUGGGGUUAUCCAAUGGGUUAUCCUCAACCACAAAUGCUACUUCAUCACAAUCCCGCAACACUGUCAAGAUCACACAGUCCUGCCCGAAGUGUGAAAUCGAGCAGAAGAUCCAGACAAGCCUCUCCAUCGCCAAGUGUAAAAUCGCGAAAAUCAUCGUCCUAUAGGUCGAGAAGAAGAAUGUCACCUAGUGCGCCCUCCGAUGCGAGUUCGGAAAAUUCUGAUGAAUCUGACUUUGACGACAGACUAUCGAGAGGUUCGCGUAGGAAAAUACAUGAAAAUUCCCGACCUAGAGUUAAAUCGACUUGUAAUGAUGAUAGAGGGAAAUUUUUGCUAUCAAGACAACGAAGAGACGGCUGGCGAUCCGAAGAUCGAAUCAACAGCGCCGAUGACGGAUGGUCGGACAAACUAUCAAAGCACAAUUGGAGCUCCUCAUCGAGAAAUUUAAAAGACACGCGAAGAUCAUCUAAACAAAGAUACGAGAAUCACGAGGACUCACCAAAAUUCAGAACAUCGUCAUCAGUACAAGAGGAUGAAUCGUCUAGUAAUCAACGCGAAACGAGACGUAAUAAUCCAAAUAUCACAGACGAUAGAAUCCACCGAAGAAGUUACAAUCGAAGACGAUCGAAAAUCACCAGUUCCUCCGAAGACUACGACCGUAAUGAACGAUUCUCCGAACACCAAAAAUUCAAAGAACUCGAAAAUAGACUAAAUCCAGUAAAGUUGAUCCAAAGAUCCACGUCACUAGAUCGUGAACCACUGAAGAAAGAAGAAAAAUCAGAAAAUCGUACAAACACCACUAAUGAGCCACUGAAGAAAGAACAGGUAAAAUUGGAAAAGCGACCAAACACCAUCAGAACCAGAACACCAGACAGAAAUCUCCCAAGGGAGGAAGUUCUUCAAAACAAAAUUCCCCUACAAAAUGGUUCGAAAAUAAUAGAAGAGAAGAAAGAGAGUGAAGAAAAUAAAAAACUCGAUAAUACAGAAAAGAUCAAAAAACCGCAACAACUCGAUGGGGAAGAAAAGGAAAAAUUGACAGAAAUCAAAAAGGAAGAGGAAAAAAAUAAGGGGGCAAAAGUGAACGAAAAAUGGUCCUGUGAGCAUUGUACGUUCAUUAACGAAGCAAAGGAACGUGUUUGCGUUGUCUGCUGUAAAACACGAAGCAGUGCACUACCGCCUCCUUCUAUUUCACCGAUACCCGAAGCGACAAGUGAAUCACUUGUCAAUUUAGCAUCGAACGAAAAAAUUAAUUCAUCCCCAAGUAGAGAGAACAAAACGAGUAUUGAAGAGAACUUGACAAAUUUGAAAUUAUCCGCAAAUGAUGACAACACCGCUAAUGUCAGUACACCCAAGAAAAAAGAAAUGAUAAUCGAUAGCUUGAGAAAAGACAAUGCAAAUGACAAUGAAAAAGACGAAAGUUCGGAAAAAUUCGAACAAAUUAUGGAGGAGGAAGAAGAAGAAGAAAGUGAAAAUAUCGAUGCAAUUGUUGAUGGAGGAAGAACAGUUUCAACGGGAACGUCUCCACCACCACAGGACAUGUCAACACAGACCUAUGAGGAAACUGUUUUUAAAGACAGCAAAAGCAAUCUAAAGUCUGGGAGUUUUUCGAAAAAUUCCGUUCAGUAUGAUGACAAUGACUCUGAGGACAACAGAUUUAGCAACAAUGACCCUUAUGUUCGCCAUCAUCAAAAUAAUACUUAUCAAUCUUUAUUGUACGGAAGAGAUCGAAUUCCAUCAAGUGUAGGGAAUCCUCCUCAUCUACAGUAUUAUUAUAUGGAACCAAAUCAGUCACUAUUUAGCGAUUCUGGUGGUAUGUCAACAAUGAGUCGUCAAGGUUUGGAAAUUGUUCAAUUGUUACGUGAAGCUGAGAAACGUGGUUUUUCUACUGAUGAUGUUCAGGUUGCUUUAGCGCAAGAUGAACAAAAUCCACUUGAAUGGUUGACAACGCAAUGGCCACAUCUAGUGGAAACAGUGCAAGUUUUGGCCUCAACACAGGGUCAGGAUCAAACGGAAAAUUGUGUUAGAAAUCUCUCAACGAUUGAAGCUAAAAUUGCAUUGAGAUUGUCGAAAGGCGAAGUUUGGAAUGCUGUUGGUCAUGCCAUACAACUCCGCCAACAUAAGUGCCACAAUAUUAUGUCCAAGGGGUCUUUUAUCCUAAUGGAUGUUGUCAAUUCACUCAACAAGAAUGGAGGAAAUGAGGAAGUAGCACUUCUCGAAUUACAAAAGACUCAACUAAAACCUUUCCUGAUGAGAAUUUGGGGUCCAUCCGCAGGUGUGGAAAAUGAGGAUAUUGCAAAUCAUCACGAAGCAAAAAUUUGUUCGUCAAGUGAUUCGGAAGGAAGUACUAAACAUGUUGAGGAUGAAUCGGACUCUGAAGCUAAGAAGCAGGUAAUGUCUCCAAAAGUAGAAGGUUUCAUGGCGUUGCAGGCAGACUUUCAUCAGCAAAUAGUUACCCAACAUCAAGGGAAUGGUAAUUGGGAACUCAAAAAAGAACCACUGAAUACAACUAACGACAGUUUUAGUUUGCCAAACAGUUUGGAUACCCCAACCGACAGUUGUGACCAAAUGGAUGAAAAAAUACCCAAACAUUCUGAUUAUACUGAUCGAAAUUUUAUCUCUCAAUUACAGGAUCAUUCAUUAAUUGAAAAAUCGAAUCAUUCGCAAGCACAAAUCAUUUCUAAUCCUUGUCAAUCAGUAACUAAAGGUAUAAAAACUAAAGAUGGUACACAAGUAGCUAAAGAUGGUACACAAGUAACUAAAGAUGAUAGACAAGUAACUAAAGAUGGUACACAAGUAACAAAAGAUAGAAGACAAGUAACUAAAACUAGUAGACAAGUAUCUAAAGAUGGUACACAAGUAACUAAAGAUAAUAAACAAGUAACUAAAAAUAGUAGACAAGUAACUAAAGAUAGCACACAAGCUACUAAUAGUAAUUUAAAAGAUUCAUCGCCAAUAUACGCAAACAUUCUCCAAAUGAAUCAAGCAAAAUCCAAAGUAGACACUUCAGGCAAACAAUCAUCUACAAAAAUUAAUACUAACGUUGAGUCUGAAAUAGUUUCCAAUCCCCUCGUAAUUGAUAAACAGUUAUCUAACGCUGAAGUAGUGAAUAAGAAAGAAAUGCCAAUAAACAAAAAUUUGAAGGCAGAUAAAUUGAAGACAAAGUCAAAAUAUCCGAAGCAAACAAUGAUGGACAUUACUGUAGAAACUUCUUCCGAAGAAAGAAGGGGAGCAAAUAAAAAAUCUGAACUUAUGGUAAAUACUCCAAUUCCGCACGUAGAGGUUUUUGCAAAAAUUGAUGAAAGUUCAGGUCAGACUAGUGUUACUACUCAGUAUUAUUCGAAUUCCGAUGAUAAAACGACAGUAAAUGUUGAUCCGAAGACAGACAUGAAUAUUACCAAAACUUCCCAAGCCAGUAUAGUAUUAAAUCAUUCUUCCAACAGAAAACUAGAUUCAAAGAAAAAUUCUGAUAAAAAUUGCCUUCAAACAGUAACAUGCAAAUCCAAUUCACGAGAAUAUGAAAGUCCUUCUAAAGAUUCAUCAAUUCAAUUUAAGACCAGUGAAACAAAUGCUACAAUUAUUUCUACAAACACCAAAGAACCUAAUUCUGAAAUUCAUACAAAUUCAAAAGAAAUCCCUACAGAUUCAAAAGAAAUUCCUACAAAUCCAAAAGAAGCUGAUGAAACUUUUCAUUUCUCUGAAACAAAUUCAUCUGCUAAUAGUUUUAUUUUAGAAGCACCAUUAAAUUUAGAAGACAAAGAGGAGAACCGUAAGCUUAAAACAAGUUCAUUCUUCACAAUUUUAACAAAUUUUGCGGACAAGAAGAAACAAAUUGUAACUAACACUUCUGAUGGGGAACAAAAAUUUAAAUCAUCGUUGUCUGUUAAAAUUAGUGAUAACGAAAGUAGAAAGACAGUUGCGGGAACAUCUUUGAAUAAUGAUGGUAUUGCUAAUGAAAAUGUUCAUGCAACUGUUGGUGCUGUUUCUACUACUGAUACUUUUACUAAUACUUCAACUGCUACUGCGAAUGGUACUGCUGAUACUAAUGCUACUGAUGGUUUAACAAAUGCAGGAACUGCUAAAAAUGGUGUGGCAACUACAGAUGCUACAAAUUCUACUGCUACUGCUGCUUCUACUUUUAUUUUUACUUCUACUGCUACUAUUGCUACCACUACUAAUGCUGGUGCUGCAAAUAUAGCUGCUAGAAAUGCUGUAGCAACUGCAGCUGCAACAACUUCUAUUUCUACUGCUGCUGUCAUAAAUUCUAAAAAUUCUGUAGCAACUACAGAUGCUAGAUCUUCUAUUGCUGCUAAAAAUCCUGUAGCAACUACAGAUGCUACAACUUCUGCUGCUGCUACUACUACUACCAUCACUACUGAUGCUAAAAAUGCUGUAGCUACUACAGCUGCUACAACUUUUAUUUCUACUGCUGCUGCUAUCAUUACUAAUGCUGCUGAUAAAUUAACUGCUACAACAACUACUACUGCUUUAACAACUAAUAUUAAUCAUAAAAUUAGUAGUAGUGAAAUUAAUACUGCUACUAUUAAUGCUGACACCUCUGCUGCUAUUGCUGAAACUACUACUACUACUACUACUACUGCUUCAAAUACUAAUAAUAUUAAUAAAAUUAAUACUUGUGAAACUACUACAACCGCCACUAAUGCUGAUACAUCUACAGCUACUACGAAAACAACUUCUACUGCUGUUGAAACCAUUUCUACUGCUGUUGCAACCACUUUUACUGAUGUUUCAACAACUUCUACUGAUGCUCCAACUACUACUCCUUCAAAUACAUCUAAUACUACUAAUAAUAUUAACAAAAUUAGCAGUAGUACUACCGAAAACAAGAAUACCUCAUCUACUUCAAACUCAAUUCUCCACGAAAGUAACAAAAACGAAAGAAUAAAUGAUCUCAUGCCAAAAACAUUGGAGCAAAAUAAAAAAUCCGUAAGUGAAUGCACUUUAAACAAACCCGCUUGUCCAAUUAACAAACAAUUAACAACUUUAAACAAAAAAGAACAAUCCUUUUUGGUGAAAACAUCAGAAUCUUUAGCUACAAUCGUUAAGGAAUCAAUCUCACAUUCAAAUGUUCAUACAAAUAAAAAUUAUUUUAAAAAGAAAAAUAAUACCACUAAUUUUAAUUUCAUACGUAGAAAAAAUUUAUUAACAGAUAAUGAUCAAAAUAAACAGGAAAAAACUCGAAAAUUAUCACAAUAUCAACAGACAAAAAAAUCCUCAUACCAUCCUGUAUCCACAAAUUCCAAAAUUACGGUCACUAAAGCAAGAUCAAAAUCACCAGUUAAAAAAAUUCUUGGACGAAGAUCGCCUAUUAAAUCAAGAAAAUUAAAUCUACAGAAAAAAUGUGAUGUGUUAAAAAAACAGACGUCAGAGACAUUGAAUCAAAAGGACAAAAGAUUGAAAAUAUCUAGAAUUCCUAUUGCGGAGACAUCAACAGUUCGUAACGAUAUUCAAGAUGAAAUUAGUGAAAGUAAUUUGAAAAUUAUUAAGAAGAAUCAAAAAACAAAAACUUAUCAUAUUACGUUAGAUAGAACAAAUGAGUCAAUGGAUAAUUUAAAACAGUUGGAGAAGAAUUGUACGAAAACAAUUUUACCAUCAAAAAUUCCUGUAAUGAGAGGAUGUAAACGUAUUCCUGCACAAAAUAUUUCGGUGGUAAUUCAAAAACAAAUUGAUCCUAAAAUUUCCACACCAUGUUCCGUGUUUCCCGAACAAUCAAUGCAAAAGAGAAUUAAGGGACAUCAAAUUUGUGCAAAUUUUUUUGAACCAAAAUUCGUUAUAAAUGAUCUUUCAAAUACAAAGGUGGGUAAAAAUGAACAUCAAAAGGUAGUUGAAAGUAAUGAUCAAAUUGAGAAAGAAACAAAAGAUGAUGAUAAGAGAAAUCCGUCACCAGUCGAAUCGAUCACUGAUUCUGGAAAUUCUGAAUAUGAGUCAAUUUCAGAAGCAUCUUUGAGCAUAAAUUCGAGAAAUAAAUGCAAAGAAGAAGAGGUUCAAUCUGGGAAUUUAGAAUUUGUUUUGGAUAAGGAAAUAGGGGAAGAGAGUAAAGAAGAAAAGAGGGAAGAAAAUGAGGAAGAAAGUCCAAAGUGUUCCGAAGAUGUACAGGAAAAAUUUCUUGAAGAAGCAGAAGAAGAGAACGAAGCAGUUUAUGAAGAAUCUUGCGCGGAAAAUUUCGAAGACUUUCUAGAAAUUGAAGAAAGUGGAGAAAUUGAAAAGAGUAAGGAAGAUCGGCAGAGGAAUCUAAAUGAUAAGAAGAUGGGAGAAAAGCAACAAUGUUCUCAAACAAGUAAUGAAGAUUUACAAGAAGAUUCGCAAAAAUAUUUAAGAGAUAAUUCGCAAGAUGUCAUACAAGAUGAUUUCCCAGAAGAUUUACAAGAAGCUUCACGAAAAGAUUUACAAGAAGCUCCACAAAAAGUUUUACAAGAAGCUUUACAAAAAGAUUUACAAGAAGCUCCACAAAAAGUUUUACAAGAAGCUUCACAAAAAGAUUUACAAGAAGCUUCACAAAAAGGUUUACAAGCUUCACAAAAAGUUUUACAAGAAGCUUCACGAAAAGAUUUACAAGAAGCUCCACAAAAAGUUUUACAAGAAGCUUCACAAAAAGAUUUACAAGCUCCACAAAAAGUUUUACAAGAAGCUUCACAAAAAGGUUUACAAGCUCCACAAAAAGUUUUACAAGAAGCUUCACAAGAAGAUUCAAAAGAUUCACAAGAAAUUUUCCAAGAUGAUUUCGAAGAAGAUUUACUUCUAGAAACUCUAGAGAAAGAAGAAUUCUACGAACAGUCAUCCUCAGAAAAUUCUGAUUACUUUCAAAAUUCCGAAGAUUCUGAAAAAAGUACUUCGAAUGAUCAACAAAGUUAUUCCAAUGCUGAAGAAAGGGAUGAAAAUCAACAACACUCUGAAACAUCUAAUGAAGAUUUACAAGAAGAUUUUCUUCAGGAAGCACUGGAGAAUGAAGAAUCGUCAUCAGAAAAUUCCGACGACUUUCAAAAAUCCGAAGAAUUACGCAAAGUUUCCAAAGAACAUCACUUAAAAAAGAAUCUGCAAGAAAAUCAUCAAAUUUGUCCCGAAGACUCACAAGAAGAUUCUUUCGAAGAAACACCAGAUAAAGAAGAAUUCUCCAACGAAGAAUCCUCUAAAGAAGAAUUCUCCAAAGAAGAAUUCUCCAAAGAAGAAUAUUCCGAAGAAUCAUUCACAGAAAAAUCCCUCACAUCAUCACUAAAUGACGAAUCAGUGAAUUCAAACAAUUCCCACAAUUCCCUCGACAUACUAGCAAACGCCGAUUAUCUUCUCGAAAAAACCCUGGAAAAAAUAAAAGCCGAAAUAUCCGAAUAUGAAGAGGGCAACAGAUCAAAUUACGAAAAUUCCUCGGCGGAAAUAAAUAAAUCAACUACAACCAUACAAGAGACCAUACAAACUGAUCAAAGAGAUGAAAAUUCUCCCUUCGAAGAAAUUGACGAACUAUCAACAGUGACAACGGCAAAAUUAUAUCUACUCGAGAAUAUUGAUCGUGAAAGUGAAGAUAAUCCAAAAACACUUGACGCAAUAACACAAAAGAGCAAUAUUCUCAAAAAUCAAAAAACAGACAGUCGGCAAUAUUCAACUGAAGGAAUUGAAAAAAAUGAUAAACUAAAGAAGAAAUAUUCAAUGGUCGCAAGUUUUGUUCAACAAUUUGAAGGAAAAAGUCCAAAAUUAACGAGAAGGAAAAAAAGUGCCGUCAAGGAAUCUAGACAAAGGAAGAAUAUCAACAAGGAGUCUCCCAUUGUCGAAAGGGAGAGAGUUGCUCGUCAAUUAUUAGCAGAGGGACGUGUCUCGAAUUAUAAUGAAGCUGAAAUUGCGGCAACAUUACUGUCACUUAAAUUUGGAGACACUGAGUCAGUUCUUGCAGCAAAGGAAUGCUCAAAUGUUGAGUCAGCAUUAGCUUUCUUGCAACAGGAAUGCGAAUUGUGUACCAGUCGCGUUUCAAUGAACGAGAUGGUAUCGAUGCUUAAAUGCACUCAUCGUUGUUGCAACGAUUGCGCCAAAAAUUACUUUACAAUACAAAUAAGUGAUCGAAGCAUAACGGACGCAGUGUGUCCAUAUUGUAAGGAACCGGAUUUAAUUAAUGCAACCGAGGAUGAAAUCUUAGAGUAUUUCAGUAUUUUGGACAUACAACUGAAAUCGUUCCUUGAUCCUCCAAUUCAUGAAUUAUUUCAACGAAAACUCAGAGACAGAACUUUAAUGAAAGAUCCAAAUUUUAAGUGGUGCGUUCAGUGUUCAAGUGGUUUUUACGCAGACCAAAAUCAAAAGCGGUUAACUUGUCCAGACUGUCGAUCGAUUACGUGUGCUGUUUGCCGAAGACCAUGGGAAAAACAACACGAGGGAAUAAAUUGUAACCAAUUCGCUGAGUGGAAGGACAAAAAUGAUCCGGACAAUCAGGAAGCUGGUCUUGCUAAACAUUUAGCAGACAAUGGAAUCGAUUGUCCGAAUUGCAAAUUUAAAUAUUCUUUGUCCCGAGGCGGAUGUAUGCAUUUUACUUGUAACCAAUGCAAAUACGAAUUUUGUUGCGGCUGUGGAAAGGCUUUCGUAAUGGGGGCGAAAUGUGACGUCAGUGUGUAUUGUGCCAAAUUGGGACUACACGCGCAUCAUCCGCGAAAUUGUUUAUUUUACCUUCGUGACAAGGAACCGGAACAAUUGCAACAAUUGCUGAAGGAAAGUGGCAUUGAAUUCAAUACCAAUGGACCAAUUGGUGAACGUAAAUGCAAAGUGCAACUUCAAAAAGAAACACCAACGGAAUUGGUUGACACCACUUGUAAUUCGGACGUUAUUGAUGGUCAUGCUGGCUUAUGCAGGCAGCAUUACAUUGAAUAUCUGGCGGGUCUGGUGCUCAAGGGCAAGUUGGAUCCGGUCUCGAUCUUUGAUUUGAACGACGCUAAGCAAGAGUUGCGCCGCCGGGGAAAAGUCCCACCUACCAAGGAUCAGAAAAUGUCCGAACAGGAUUACCUCAUGGCCUGCAUUCAGAUUGUCAGGCAGGAAAUACCUUUGGAGUAGAAAAGUGAUUUCGAAUCCUGGACGUAUCUGAUGAAUAAUUAUUUAUAAAUCACAUCAAGUGCGACAAAUAUUAAGUUAGGCAUUUAUUACGUAGGUAUGAAUUAAGAAU